AUGAGCUCCAAGCUUCUCGCUCGGCGUUCGCGGGACGAGCUGCAUCGGGUGGUGCACGAGGAGCUGGAGGAGGAGGAGGCGUGGCUCUUCAAGAUCUACGCUCAGAAGACAUACCUGGACGUGGACUGCAUCUCGUACCUGUCUGUGAACCGGCAGGCUUUCAGCAAGGAGAGGUUCGUGUGCAACUGCACCAUGUUCGUGCCGGUGAUCACGUGGGGGAGAGUGACGAGCGUGCUGGGGCUGCUGGAAGGGAUCCGGGAGGAGGCGGACAGGGAGGACGACUUCUUGCAGCUUGCGCUGGCGAUGAUCUACCUGCUGGAGAAGAAGGCCGGGAGGGCGAGGCUUGUGCUACCGAUCCUGCGAGACGAGGGAGGAGGGCACGUGUCGCUGAGGGAGGCAGUGGAGAGGCUGAGCGGGAGGGGGUCGGGGGUGAACAGCGAGAGGGCGUGCGGACUUCUGCAGGGGGCGGGAGUGAAGGAGGAGCGGGAGAAGCUGCUGGGGUAUCUGAGGAGCGUGUCUGUGCGAGACGCGGUGGUGAGGCUGCUGUCAUGCACGAGCCGGGGGAGCCUAGGGCUUGAGGCUUGUCCGGAGGCAGUGAGCGGAGCAUGCGGGGUGUACCUGGUGGGCAAGGAGCAGGACGUGAGGAGGAGCGCGGAGGAAGCGGGGGGGAUGCUGAAGGAGCAUCUUGUGAAGGAGCUGAGGGCCCAGAUAGCAGGGCAGGUAUGGCACUUCGAGAAGCACAACCCACGGGGGAUAGAGAUGCUGCAGGUGCUGCGAGAGACGAAGACGUACGAGCUGCUGCACGAGUUCUUUGCGCUGCGGAGUAUCGACUCGCUUGACCGGCUGUCAGCUGUGAGCACGAUGACGUCGACGAGCAGGGCGAGGGCGUGCGAGGACUGCGAGGGGACGUGCGAGGGGAUCAACAGAGCGAAGGAGGCUUUCUACGACGAGGCGGUGAAGGCGAUAGGGGAGAUGGUGAGGGGCUGUGCGGAGGACGAGCGUUUCCUGCCGUUGAACACGAGGCUGCGAGUGUACCGGGACGACGACGUGGACGGGAUACUAGCGCUGAGGUCGAGCAACGCGCUGGAGACAGCGCUGCUGAAGACGCCCGCGCAGUGCUGCAUCGCGUUUGAAGGAGUGAUCCAGCUCUUGUUCGGGGCAGUGAUGGUACAGCGGAUGUUAGAAGGGACCUCUAUCUGGAUCACAGAUCCUGCAACAAACGAGUCCCUCACACCGAGGACGGUGCAAGUGUCGAAAGUGAUCGACUCCUUCCUUGCCUUCCUAUGGGGUACGCUGUAUCUGUCUGCGAUCGUGACGUGUAGGUAUAGCACGCCCUUGAACGCCAAGCGUGUCUUGGUAGGAUCCGGACAUCUGAUUGUAUGGCUGAAGAUCAUCUCGUUGACUUCGGACUUCAUCCAGUUCGAUGCAAAGCAUGCUGUUUCAUGGCCGACUGGUAUCGGGCUGUCGUCGUUCAUACUGAUAGCAUGCGUCUCGAUCGUGCUGUACUUUGUGCACUUCAUGCAGCAUUAUGCCUGGAUCGUAGUGUUUGUGCUGCAAGGAGCUUACUGCAUCAGAGACGGCCUCACGAUACGGGAGAACAUCAGGCCGAUAUUCUUGGUGGUGGGAAUCAUCUGCUGGAUCAUCGUCAUCGUCAUCGUCGUGAAGUACUCGCUGUCGUACCGGCAGACGUAUAAGGAUCUCAGUGCGGCGAUGGAAGGCUUCGAGAAGACCUGGAGCAAGGUCGUGUCCUCGUCAACGGACAAGCUGGAGGAGAUCAGCAGGGAAGUGCUGGAGAUCUCGCAGAAGCUCGGGGCAUGGAGUAGACGGGAGGGGGGCUUGUGGGAGAGGGUGCGGUCAAGGGCGAUGGGCAAGCGGGCGUCGCGGUACUCGGUGAGGAGCAAGAAGAUCCGGCAGGAGAGCAAGAGCCUGGAGAAGCUGUUCGAGGAAGCACACGAGGUGAGCGCGGCGUUCCAGCUUUGGGUAAGCGGGUGGAACCCCGUGGGUAGGACGGAGCACGGGAAGGUGAAGUCCUGCGAGCGAGCCAUCCAGAAGACCGUGAGGUCGUACCACCGGGACCCGUCGUGCUUGACGGACCUGGUGCGGUGUACAGUGGUGGUGAAGUCGGUGGAGGAGGUGCUGGAGUGGGUGAGUAAGGUGCGGUCGAUGUCGGCGGUGGCGGCAGGGCUAAGCGGGCCGAUGAGCGAGGAGAAGGAUGAGGCGGCAGGGCGUGGAGGAAAAGGGGGACGCGGUGACGGGGUGUACUUGAACAUCACGAGCAUCAAGAACAGGUAUGACAGGAGGUACGAUCUUCGAGCUUGCGGAGGGUAUCGGGACCUGUGCAUAUGUGUUGAGGUAGGAUGGACGGUCAACGCUAAGAACGGCUCAUGCACUUUCAUCCCGCUUAAGCAAUGGGACGAGACACUCAACCUGCGACGACACAUCUGCGAGGUCCAGGUGCUGCUAGAGGAGAUGUACACCGUGAAGCAGCAUGUGCACAAGGAGUACGUGAACUUCCGCAACGUGCUAUGUCAGUAA